UGAAAAUAAUAUCUAAUUAUCAUAGCACCUUUUAAAUGAGACAAAACAUAUGGCAUAGUGAAAGAGAUAUUUAAACAUUCAAAUAAAGUAGAAAUGAAAACAAAGUAAAGGAUUCGAUUUGAUUUUGAUGUUUUUUCCGCCACACUCAACAAUUUGUCAGCUAUAUUGUGGCGCCCAGCUUUUGUUGGUGGAAGAGAGAACCCAGAUACAAUGCACCUGGGAAGAGACCACCGACCUUCCGAAAGUAAACUGGGAAACAUUUUCACUUACCGGCGCGAGCAGGAUUCGAACCAGCCCCGACAGAGGUGAGAGGCCGUGUGAUGUUGAGCGCAAUGCUCUAACCACUCGGCCACGGAGGCCCCCACAAAGUGAAUAAAACACUAUAUUACAUCAUAACCUAUGCUCUGUAUGCAUAUUUCAAAUGAAAUAUAUUUUAAUGCAAGCCAUUCAUUUUUCAUUGUAAGGACAUUGUUCUUUUUAUGUGUAAUUCAAGGACGAUUUCCAAAUACAUAUACUAAACAGAGUACAGUAGAGAUUCCACUACAACCCAGAAAGAUAGUAUAAUUAUGUUAUUGAUUUAAACAUCGCCAUUGUAAGGUAUGUAUAUAUUCUUUCUUCUGACCUUAUCAUGUUAAUUAAAUCUUAUUUCAAAACCUCCAUGCACAAUAGGUUUCAUUUGGUAAAAGUAACGCGAAACUUUUAAAAAAAACUGAUUCUUCACUCUGUAUUGAUUACACAGGCCAGUGUUUGACUUGAUCAUUUUCAUUAUGAGAUAUUAAAUGACGUAUUUUCAGAAUAUAUAAAUCAUUAUUUAGAAACCUCUCAAAACGAUAGGUUUAUUUGAAAGAAAUGAUAAUCUCAGAACACUGAUUCGUGAAUGUGUAUUGAUUGGAUAUAACAAUGUGUCUGUAGGAGAAAAACGGGUGUUUCAUUUAAAUCAAUUUGAAGAGCAAUCAAUAUUCGCUGUGAUCAAAUUAUGACAUGUUUUAAUACAAUGACAAUGAAACACUAAUGUGUUGGAGCGAUGUAUGUAACUAUUUAAGGUAAGUUAUUGUUCAAACUUCAUCACUCAUAUGUGCAGUACAAUAUUAACACAUUAAUAAUAAUAUUGUCAUCAUGCCGAUAGAUAAGAAUCAUUAAAAUCGGUUUGGUUAAUUAAUGCCCAAUAACGCACAAUGAGGCAUUUUAGGUUACUUUCUUGUCUGCCGAUGCCUGUAAACAGCACUCUACGUAGCUAUUUCUAUUUUUAACCAGCAAACAAGACUCCCCUGAAGUACAAGUGUUUAUCAUAUAUGUGUAACAACCUGGCUCCGGGGUCAUAAAACUUAGCUAGCUCACAUUUGAGUUUUUUAAAAAAAAAUCUCACUUUCUAAACUCAACUUGGACCGUCUAACUUUUGGUGUGCCAUCAUUUAGCAUUUUCUAACUUAAGAAAGAAACUGAGACCAAAACCAUGGAAACUGAGCAGGAAAUGAGUUGAAAUAUGGGAUGUUUUGUUUGCAUUAUUUUUUUUUGCAAUGGCACGCCCACUAAAUAUUGCGCAAUGCAUGGAGAAUUUUAAAACAUCCUGCACAAACAAAAUACUUUGCUGUUUUUCUUUUAUAACUUUUUUAUUGUUGCGUCAGAGUUUACGGUUUUUACUAAAUUACGUGGUUUCAUUUGAAAACGAUAUCGCCUAUCGUCGUAAACUCAACCAAAAAUUACACAUUACUUUGUUUGUCAUGAAAUUGCAAUAUAGCCUAAUUCCAAUGACAUAAUAUUGUUUUAUCUUCAAAGUUUUCCAAAACAGGAUAACAAUCAAUUCAUGAAAAAUAAAUUAAGGAAAUAAAUACCACAAUAAGAUAUUAUGUUAUAGGAAAUAUAUGUCCCAAAACCAAAGUCAGAUUGAUAUUAUUGAUUUUUAUGUGUUAUUAUACGAUUACCCCCCCCCCCCCCAAACACACACACAUACCGCGCUGUGUUUUAGUUUGCACGAAAGAAAGAAAAUUCCAAAAAAGAAAAAAUAGCGAUAUUGAAGAUACAUUGUAGAAAUUCAAGAGUUGAUAAGAUCGGAUACAUUUUUUUCAUAGAACACUAGUUUCUCAUCGAAAAACACAAAGAUCCGCCUAACAUAAAAUAUCGGAAUCAUUAUCUACAGUAAUGCUGACGUCACACUAACCUAGUAGUGCGUAAUGUUCAUUGUGGCACACUUUGGCACCUCAUUCUCACUGAAAUGUAUUUAUUCCUAUCAGAUGAUCAAGUUAUCAAUGAAAUUUAUAUUAUAAUGCAAUCAUGUUUCGAAAUACUGUGCAUUGUACAUACUUUACAAUGUGGAUUAUUCUAACGAGAAAAAAUAUACGGGGGGGAGGGUUAAUGUGCAUUGUAUAUUUCGUUGGUAACAAAAUAGGCUUACUAAUUUUUCCGUCGUGAAAAGUCCUUGCAUUGUGUCAUUUCAAGAAAACAUACUUUUGGGGGAGGGAACAAUUCCGCUCCUUCUGUAUGUGCCUCAUUGGACACCAAGUCAACAAUUCAUAAAAUGAAACUUUGUCCUCUUCCAAAUCCUCUAGAGAAUUGAACUUGUUCUGAAAAAUCUGGGACUGAAGUACUUUCCUUUUGCUAUGGAAGGUGAUGUACCGAUUCAGUUGAGGAAUUGCGGAAGCCGUAUUGGAAGUGAGCAAAAAAUUACGGAGUUAGACACUUUUCUAGCGAUCUAGCUUUCUGAGAUCAAAAGUGAGACUAAACUAGAAAUCAGAGACUGAGAUGAGAAGUUUUAUGGCACACCAAACUUGAGACUGUGACCGAAAUCUGAGACGGUCUCAGAUUUUGAUCUCAGAAGUGAGCUAGCUAAGUUGUAUGACCCCGGAUCCUGAUGUGCACUUCAAGAAGCACCUCAAGUUAUCAACAUUCAAAAAUUCCAACGCAAAAUUAAUUUCUAAUCAGGGGUAGAGCAAUUUUUAAAAAAAAGUAAGGGAAAAGAUAAAAACAGCGCAUAAAAAGUGUUAGAUUACAUGGAUUCAAGACUGACUAAGUUCACUUUGAUUGGAUAUUCACUGCAGUGAUCUUAUAAAGCUCACGUGUAAUGUUGACGAAUAUCUUCUACAUAGUAUGGUACUACGAUAUGAAUUUUCCCUUUUUACAGUUUCCUUGUUUUAAUGAUAUUGACACCUGAAUUCGUUUACAAUUUAUAAUCAUCUAAAAUGUUCUUAGGUCUUCGUGUUUUAUUAUCUCUCUUUUUUUUUCAGUGUAAGAUGUUCAUUUUAAAAGUGUGAGAAAGUUACUUUUGUGCACCCGUUUCCACCUCAAUCUCUCUUCGCCAAGUCACAAAGCACUUUCUGUAACAUCUGUUUUGUUACACAAUACGUUUGUAUAAUACCCAAGUUAUUUAUUGAUUGGACAAAGAUGAAGCUAAGCAACAAUGUUACACAUCAAUAAAUCCAAAACCGCUAUGUAUACAGACACGCCUAAAAACAUAUAACAUAGUGCGCGGAAGCUAUUUAAAUUUUUGAAAUUGGUAAUACAGGGAACGGAGUGGAAUUAUUAGAAUCAAACAUUCUUUUUGAGGAAUUUAUCGAUUUGUAAACUCUGGACAUUUUACUCACAAAUGUACCAUAAAGGUGCACUUUUAUCCAGUUUGUGAGUAAAAUUUCUAGAGUUUACACAUCUGUAAAUUCUUCAAAAAAGAAAGCUUAAUCCUAUAAUGAACUUCUCUCAAAAACUUCUUCGCAUUCAACAUUUGCACAAAACGGCAGUUACUAUGGAUUAUUUGUCCUAACGAAUUCUCCAUAAAACUAUAAAUCCUAAUGAAAAUAAUAUCUAAUUAUCAUAUCACCUUUUAAAUGGUACAAACGUAUCGAAGAGUGAAGGCGAUUUUUAAACAUUCAAAUAAAGUGGAAAUGAAAACAAAAUGAAUGAACACUAUAUUGCAUCAUAACAUAUACUAUGUAUACACAUGUAUAUUUCAAAUGAAAUUCAUUUUAAUGCCAACUAUUCAUUUUUCAUUGUAAGGACAUUAUUCUUUAUAUGUGUAAUUCAAGGACGAUUCCCAAAUGCAUAAACUAAACAGAGAACAAUAGUAAUCACACUACAACGCUUAAAGAUGGUAGAAUUUUUCUAUUGAUUUAAACAUCGCCAUUCUAAGGUAUGUAUCGAUUCUUUCUUCUGAUCAUAACAUAUUGUUUAAAUCUUAUUUCAAAACUUUAAUCCACAAUAGGUUUCCUUUGGUAGAAGUAACGCGAAACUUACAAAAAACUGAUUUUCACUCUGUAUUGAUUACACAGGCCAGUAUUUGACUUGAUCAUUUUCAUUAUGAGAUAUUAAAUGACGUCUUUUCAGCACAUAUAAAUAAUUAUUUAGAAAUAUCCCAGAACGAUAGGUUUAUUUGCAAGAAAUGAAAAUCUCAAAACACUGAUUUUUGACUGUAUUGAAUGGAUAAAACUAUGUGUAUGCAGGAAAAAAAACCCAGCUGUUUCAUUUAAAUCAAUUUAAAGAGCAAUCAAUAUUUGCUGUGAUCAAUUUAUGACAUGUUUUAAUACAAUGACAAUGAAACACUAAGGUACUGGAGCGAUGUAUAUAACUAUUUAAGGUAAGUUAUUGUUCAAACUUCAUUACUCAUAUGUGCAAUACAAUAUUAAAACAUUAAUAAUAGUAUUGGCAUCAUACCGAUAGAUAAGAAUCAUUAAAAUCGGUUUGGUGAAUUGAUGCCCAAUAACGCACUCUGAGACAUUUUAGAUUACCUGUCUUGUCUGUCGACGCCUGAAAACAGCACUCUACUUAGCUAUUUCUAAUUUUAAACAGCAAACAAGACUCCCCUGAAGUACAAGUGUUUAUCAUAUGUGUGUAAACAGCCUGAUGUGCACCUCAGAAAGUACCUCAAGUUAUUAACAUCCAAAAGUUCCCAUGUAGAUAAUUGGUUAUUUCUACAAAUUGCCAAAAAUUUCCUAAUCAGGGGUACAGCAAUUAAAAAAGAAAGAAAUCAGUGAAAAGAGAAAAACAGCGCAUAAUACAUGAAUUCAAGACUGACGAAGUUCACUUUGAUUGGAUAUUUACUGCAGUGGUCUUUCAAAGCUUACUUGUAACGUUGACGAAUGUAUUCUACAUAGUAUGGUACUAACAUGAUACUUCAUUUCUACCGUUUCCUCUGUUUUAAUGAUAUUGACACCUGAAUUCAUUUACAGUCUAUCAUCAUCUAACAUGUCUUUAAUUCUUCGUGUUUUAUUCUCUCUUUUUUUUCAGUGUAAGAUGCUCAUUUUAACAGUGUGAGAAAGUUACCUUUGUGCACCCCUCACCACCUCCAUCUCUCUUCGCCAAGUCACAAAGCACUUUGUGUAACAUCUGUGUUGUUACACAAUACGUUUGUAUAAUUCCCAUGUUAUUUAUUGAUUGGACAAAGAUUAGGCUAAGUACGGAAACUAUUUAAAUUUUUGAAAUUGAUAAUGCAGGGAACGAAUUGGAAUUAUAAGAAUCAAACAUUCAUUUUGAUGAAUUUAUCGAUUUGUAAACUCAGGACAUUUUACUCAAAAAUUUAACAUAAAAGUGCACUUUUAACCAGUUUGUGAGUAAAAUAUCCAGAGUUUAAACUGCAGAAACAUAAUUUGUCGAAAUGCGCUGUUUUCCCCUAAGAUAGCUCUAAAACUUCAUUGUUAUUUUGGAUUUCAAACAUUUCUGUUGAGCAUAACUGAAGAGACACUAUUUGUCGAAAUGUGCAUCUGGUGCAUCAAAAUUGGUACCCUGUAUUUUUUACAUUAUGACCCCUGGGUCGAGGCCUCUGCUGGUGGAGUGUUAGUCCCCAGAGGUCUCUACAGCACAGUAGCUAAGUACUUCGUUAUUAGCUAGAAAAUACGGAUGUAUAUUUAAUUGCUGUGGCAGUAAUGAUUCUUUAAUAUGUCAAUGUAUAUCACAACACGGGAUCUCCGUUUUUAAGAUCAUAUCUGGAAAUUGGAAUAACUCCUACCUCACAAGAGUGUUUGAGAAAAGAGCAAUCCCUACUUAUGUUUACGCCUUCAGUUUAACGUGGUUAUGGUACGAGUGAGACUCAAACCAACGACCUCCUUGUCACGCUCUGGUCUACGGAUCACAGUGUGAAUAUUCUACCACUGAGCUACCGUGAUCGUUGAUAUUGAGGAGUGAAUCUUCCACCAUUCAUUUUUGGGUUCAGGAACUUGGGUAUUAGGAUAGAGCUGUUUUGUAUAUUAAAUGUGCAGUGUUUCUUCAAUAAAAUUAUUGACAUACAAUCUAGGCAGCAAACAACUUUAGUUAAAAAACAAAUUAUUACUAUUUCUUUUAUCUUUCAAACUGAACAUAGAAUAAACAAAAUGAAGUUCAAAGAAUUAUCCCCUGCACGUUAUGUUUAGAUGGUAUGCAAAAAUCACCGUGUAUGUCUAUACAGCCAUCUUCUGUCCAUCUCUCCUACUUUGUAUCUAGUGGACAACUUUGUUAUAAAAAGACAAUAAAAAACAUGACAAACAUGGCUUUCGAACAGAUGUGUGAUGAUUGAUCAUCAAAUUUGAAGCUCAUUCAGUUCUUAUUCAGACGUAUUUCUUCCAUAGUGCAAAUUUAAAAUUGUUAAAGCCGUGGUCCCCGGGGGUAGGAUUGAAUCACAAUAUGGGAUUAAAGUUUUACAUACAAAUAUAUCGGGGAAUCUUUAAAACUCUUCAUCUCAAGAACUCCUGUGCCAGGAAAGUUCAAAUUUCCAUAGCAGCUUUCUGACAUAACGCUAAUUCAGGUUUGUUAAAAUCAUGAUCCCGGGGGGUUUGGUGGGGGCACAGUAGGGAAUAAAAGCUUUCGAUCAGAAUUUAAUGGGGAACUCUUUAAAAACCUUCUUCCCAAGAACCACUGGUCCAGGAAAGUUCAAAUUUGACUAGCAACGUUUUGACAUAGUACAGUUUCAAGGUUUUUUAAUUUAAGGUUCCCAAGGUUAACGUGGGGUUACAAUAGGGUGUUAUAUUUUUACAUAGAAAUAUAAAGGGAAAACGCAACUAGAUUAAGGGCUUCCAUAUUAAAAUGUAUUAUAAUCAUGAGUGAUAACGGUAUUAAAUAACAAUAAAAUAUUAUGAUACUUUCCCUGCGAUAUAACUAAAACAACCUGUACGUUUUGACGGAUUUUUUCAUUGUGACGUCAUAUGGUGCAAAGUGCACAGAAGUACAUUUAUAACAGUAUUGGGAUUUUUCUCGGAGAGCCUUAACUGAGCUGAAAAUCUUUACAAAUUUUCUUCUCAAGAACGACUGGACGUUCAAAUUUACAUGAAAGCUUCCUGACAUACUACAGAUUCAAGUUUUUGAAAUCAUGGCUCCUGGGGGUAGGUUGGGCCACAAUAAAGGAUCAAAGUUUUACGUGGGAAUAUAUAGGGAAAAUAUUUAAAUCUUUUCUUUGAAGAAUAACUAGACCAGAUUUGUUCAAAUUUACAUGAAAGCUUUCGGAUAUAGUGCAGAUUCCAUUUUGUUAAAAGCAUAACCUCUGGGAGUAGGGUGGGACCAUAAUCGGGGAUGAAAGUUUUAUAUAGAAAUAUAUCGAGACAUCUUCUCAAAUACCACUAAUUGUAUCUUGUGAAUAUGUCGAUAUUUAAAAUGAUAUAAACCUUUGUAGAUAAAGAAAUAUAUUUAGGUUUAAUGCAUGCAACAUUCCUGGUGAUUUGACAUAAUAUUGUCUGUUUCAUUUCUGUAGAUUGUGUUCUUAAAGACCAAGACCUUCCAUAUCAUGGACACACUAGGACCCAGCACUCAGCUAAAAGUUCGACAAUGUUCCCGAUGUCAGGGGAACACUGAGUUUUACUGUAGCACAUGUACACGUGAUAUGUGUUUACAGUGUAAAGAGAAACAUGUCAUUGAUCUAGAUACCAAGCACCAUGAUGUUGUGGUUUACCGUGAGAAGUUUAAACGUGUCCCUUUACGAGCAACCUGUGUCAGACAUCCAAACAGAAAAUACAGAAUGUUCUGUGAUCAGUGUAACUAUUCCGUGUGUAAGCGCUGUACAGACCAUAGAACACAUGUGCUGGUGGAUCUUAGAACAGCUUAUCAAACAAAGCGACAACAACACAGAGAAAUCAUUGACAACAUCAGAAGUGAGACUCUCUAUAACCGUCGUGUUCUCCUUUCAGGAAUCCAAACUGAUAUCCAAACUUGUUCCCCGCAAAUCUGUCACCGCCAAUCACAGAUGUCAGCAAAAGCCCAGAGACUAAAGGAUCUGAUUGACACUACGGUAUGUGAUGUUAAAACAAGAUACAAAGGUUUAUUGAUUGAUAGAAUACAAGAACAGAAGAGAAAAAUGAACAGACACAUCACCCAUUUACAGAACUAUGAAGACAUAUAUGAACAAUCACAAAAAAGAGCGGUACAAUUCCUAUUGUUUAUAAAGACCAGUCGUGUCCCUCAGAUAAAGGACACCCCUAAUCUUCCACAACAUCUGCUGCUGUUCCUGACUGAGGGAUUCAACAUGGAGGCUGUCAAUCACUUAUUGAGGGGAAUCCCAGAAAUCCAAAUGACAACAGGAAAACGACAAAUAGGAAUAGACGAGUGUUUGAAAUUGAUGUCCACACCUGUAUUACACACGUCUGUCCGUGUGAUAGGUGUUAGCUGUGCAAGACACAUAUCUGGUGUGAUGUUAGAUCGGGUCUGGGUCUCUGAUGAAGACAAUCUCAUCUUGACAGACAAAACAGGAGACACUAUACAUCGUGUGACAGAUAUACCAACAUUGUAUGAAGAAGGAAGACACACAGUGAACUGUUCUGGUGAACUGAUUUAUAUAGACAGGAAACUUAACAUCAAUAAACUGUCUGCGGAUAAUAAAACGGUCACCACAUUGUUGCACAGAACAUCACCAUGGAGACAACAAUGUGUAUACUGCUCCCCGUCCAGUGGAGAUCUGAUGGUCGGGAUGUUUAACACUGAUACAAAGACAGGCAAGGUUACCCGGUACACCAGUAGUGGUCAACGCAUCCUGACCAUACAAGACGGCAACAAACGUAACACGCUGUAUAGUAAGCCUUGUUAUAUCACAGAGAACAAGAACGGUGAUGUGAUUGUGUCUAACUUGGACCGUGUAGUUGUGACAGAGCGCGGGGGGAGACAUCGAUUCUCCUACAAAGGACCUCCAUCAGGAUCAUCACUAUAUGCACGUGGAAUCUGUACAGACGCGCUGUCACACAUUCUGGUGUGUGAUCGUAAAACCGACACAGUACAGAUGAUUGACAAGGACGGUCACUUCCUGUCUCUGUUACUGACACCACAACACGGGAUAAACAGACCACACAGCCUGAACUAUGACGACAAAACUCACCUCCUCCGCGUAGGAUCACGGUACACCAACACAGUGUCUGUAUACAGAUAUCUACAGAGGAGGUACUCUCUGACUGAUAACCCAGACGGAGAUGAAGAGAUCACAGAAUCCUCAAAUUAUGAGGAGGUUCAGGAAUCUGGAAGAGAGCUGGGAAUCAGUGAAGAGUACGAGUCUGAAGAAAACAGCGAAAAUCUGAAGUCUGAGGAUAGCAGCGAGGAAUCUGACCCUGAUGACGACGACAAUCCUGAAUCAGGGACCAGAAGAUAAUGAUGUAGAGGAAAACAGUGAUGAUGAAAAUUCAGAGAUCAGUGAGAAUGAAGCUGAAUUAAAUGUGUUUGGGUAAUUCCAGUGAGAUAAUACAGAUCGGUCAGAAGAAAUGGACAAGGUCCAAUAAGUGUCAUUACUGGUCCUGAAAUUCAAGCAUUAUUUUCUGUCUAUCAGAUACAGUAAUUUCAAAUUCACUUAGUCAGAAACUGAAAUCAAUAGUGUAUUUCUCUUUUAGAAUUUUAUGUAAUGAAGGUCGUGAUUUUUCUUCAAUGUGUUUUAUGGAGUAGGUGAUACUGCUGUUUCUUGAAUCAAAACAGACAUGUGAUAGUUUGUCCUUGUUUUGUAAAUUUCACAAUUACUAUCAUCAACAAGGAGAUGGCUGUGAAAAGUAUGUUAAUGGUUCACCAUCACCUUGUCAUCAUAUAAUGUUCCACUCUCCACCUCUGACAUUUACAACUGGGAUAUUGAUGUUAACAGACCACUACCACCUCAUCGUCAUAUAAUGUUCCAAUCUCCACCUCUGACAUUUACAACUGAGAUAUUGAUGUUAACAGACCACCACCACCUCGUCGUCAUAUAAUGUUCCAUUCUCCACCUCUGACAUUUACAACUAAGAUAUUGAUGUUAACAGACCACCACCACCUCGUCGUCAUAUAAUGUUCCAUUCUCCACCUCUGACAUUUACAACUGAGAUAUUGAUGUUAACAGACCACCACCACUUCGUCGUCAUAUAAUGUUCUUCUCUCCACCUGUGUCCCAAAAUUCAUCAUGAACCAUAAAAGAAAAUGAUGUCCUAUCAUAAACUGAAAGGGCAAAAGCUUUGGACUUUAACAUUGCUAUGUAGUACGGGCAGACAACAGAUUUCUGUUUGGAAUUUUAUUUUAAGUUGAGAAAAUCUAUUUAUGGACAUGGGUCAGACUUCACAACCAUAAUCGUCUUUAGUGUAUGUUGAUGAGAGUAAGGAAAACAAAACCACUGUUUAAUAUACAGUUUUAGUUUUGCAAUUAUGUUUUUAUUGUAAUUUGUAUAGACAUUAAGUUUCAUGCUUGCAUCAGAAAUUUUGUAUUAUGCUAUAUUUAGUUUGAUUUUUGUAUCAGACAUUUUGUAUAUUACUACAUUAACUUUCAUGUUUGUAUCAGAAUUUUUCUUAUAUUACUGCAUUUAGUUUGAUAAUUGUAUCAGGACUUUGUAUAGUACUACAUUUAGUUUGAUAAUUGUAUCAGGACUUUGUAUAGUACUACAUUUAGUUUGAUAACUGUAUCAGGACUUUGUAUAGUACUACAUUUAGUUUGAUAACUGUAUCAGGACUUUGUAUAGUACUACAUUUAGUUUGAUAACUGUAUCAGGACUUUGUAUAGUACUACAUUUAGUCUGAUAAUUGUAUCAGGACUUUGUAUAGUACUACAUUUAGUUUGAUAAUUGUAUCAGGACUUUGUAUAGUACUACAUUUAGUUUGAUAACUGUAUCAGGACUUUGUAUAGUACUACAUUUAGUUUGAUAACUGUAUCAGGACUUUGUAUAGUACUACAUUUAGUCUGAUAAUUGUAUCAGGACUUUGUAUAGUACUACAUUUAGUUUGAUAAUUGUAUCAGGACUUUGUAUAGUACUACAUUUAGUCUGAUAAUUGUAUCAGGACUUUGCAUAGUACUACAUUUAGUGUGAUAACUGUAUCAGGACUUUGUAUAGUACUACAUUUAGUCUGAUAAUUGUAUCAGGACUUUGUAUAGUACUACAUUUAGUUUGAUAACUGUAUCAGGACUUUGUAUAGUAUUACAUUUAGUUUGAUAAUUGUAUCAGGACUUUGUAUAGUACUACAUUUAGUGUGAUAAUUGUAUCAGGACUUUGUAUAGUACUACAUUUAGUGUGAUAAUUGUAUCAGGACUUUGUAUAGUACUACAUUUAGUUUGAUAAUUGUAUCAGGACUUUGUAUAGUACUACAUUUAGUUUGAUAAUUGUAUCAGGACUUUGUAUAGUACUACAUUUAGUUUGAUAACUGUAUCAGGACUUUGUAUAGUACUGCAUUUAGUGUGAUAAUUGUAUCAGGACUUUGUAUAGUACUACAUUUAGUUUGAGUUUUAUAUCAGAAGUUUUGUAUAUUACUAAAUUUAGUUUGAUGUUUGUCAGAAAUUUUGUAUUUCACAACAUUUUGUUUGAUGCUUGUAUCGUAAGUUUUGUAUAGUACUACAUUUAGUUUGAUGUUUGUGUCAAUAGUUUUUUAUAUUACUACAUUUUGUUUAUGUAGUGCAUUUAGCUCGAUGUUUGUAUGAGAAAUUUUGAUACACUUGGAUCUCCGGUUUCUUGUAAAGAUGUUAUUUAACAUUGCAUUGUUUAAAGACUGUUACACCAGAAUAUAAUAUCACCACGUAUAAAUCAAGUCUUGUUUGAAUUUAUUUUGUUACUGUUGUCAGAAACAAUGCGUCUCUGCUAUCUAACCAGGUGUGUAUUCUCGUAAAGAGUCUUUAACAAAUACUUUAACUGUUAGAUGUGGUUGUUAUUUUCUAAAGACAUCUUAACCGGAAAGUAUCAUAAACCCAGCAAUACUUUUCCUUUAAUAAUACUUUAUAAACAUGACCUUAAAAUCUUUCAUUUAAAGAUAUUGUUCUACGCUCUUUAUAUAGUUAUACAACAGAUUGAUAAUGAUAGGGUAUGAGGUAAAGAAGCCAAACGUUUAUUUUAUAUAAGGCCAACAAAAAUUAUAAGUAGGUUCUAAGGCCAAAAUUUUCAAUUUUUGAUGAGGCAAACAUGUAUUUUAUCUUUUAUUAGGUCACCUGAGUUUACUCACAUGACCUAUAUUGCAAUUGGUUGUCAUCUGUCGUUGUGCGACGUGUCGUGCAGUAACUAUUGAACACUUUUUAACUUUUUCAUAACUAUUAUUCCAAUUCUUUUCAAAUUUGGUAUGAAGCAUCUUUAGGACAAGGGGGACAUGGAUUUUAAAUUUCAAAACUCCAGCACCCAUUGGGCCCUAGGAGCCGGGCAAAAACUGAUCAAAAUUGACCAAAUUUCAAAAAUCUUUUCAAGAACCGCAGACAUGUAAGAAAAACUAAAUGCAUAGUGAUAUAGAGCAGGACGGCCUCUACCAAACUUGUAAAUUUCAUGAUCCCCGGGGCAGAGGUUCUGACCCCAAAGUGGGGCGAAACUUAGUACACAGUGUAAAACACUUAGAUAAUAUCUCCGUUAGUGUUAUUGAUACUAAAUUGAAACUAAAUGAAUAUUUAAAAAGGGCAGGAAGUCUUUUACCACAAUUGUAAAUUCUAUGAUCCCUGGAGUAGGGCUAUAGAUCCCAUGGUGGGGCCAAAACUAGUAUAAAGUAUUUAUGUACAAGUCUGCUGAUACUGUAUAAAAUCUAAAUGCAUACUUAGGAAUAGCGGAAAAGGAUGUGCAAAAAAUGGUGAAUUUCACAAUCCAGGGUUUUGACUUUAGGAUGGGUCCAAAUCAGUCAUAUCUUCUAAUGUUAAGACACCUAUUAUAUUAUGUAAAGCCUUUCAUCAGUGUAUGCACUUUUGAAGGCAUUGAAGUUUUAAGAACACAUUUUGUUUUAUACUUUUGCUGAACAUUUAGCAUAGGUAUUCAGAACCGGAUUUUUUCCCUAGAUUUCAUGGCCCUUGAGAGUAGUGAUACUUUUUCACUAGUACUCAGGCGACUGAUAAAGCCUGUGGGCCUCUUGUUAGCUCACCUGAGUGAAAGGUCGCGUUAGCUUUUGUGAUCGCCUAUUGUCCGUCGUCUGUCCGUCCUUCCGUCUGUCCUUCUAUUACACUUUGCAUCAAGCUCACUUUCAAAGUAACUAUUCAAUAUAUUUUGAUAUUUUUAUCAAACCUAGUAUACUGAUGCAUAUUGAUGACAUAUAUUUAACUGCAUCAAUAUGUUUUGGCCUUGACCUUUCCUUCCACCUUGACCUUACUUUUCCCUAUUUACUGUUUAGCUCAGUAUCAAAGCAACCACUGAAAUAUUUUUAUGAAAUUUCUUACACUGAUACAUAGUUGUAACUAUUCUUUUGUGACAUUAUGUUUUGACAUUGAUGUUCCCUUGACCUCGUUUUUCCAUAUUUGGCGAUUAGCCUAGUUUCAAAUUAGUUAAUGAAGUUGUUUUGCCUAACUCUGAAUAUGGCCGGGAAAUAUAAUGUUUGUCGAAAUUCUGUUGUAUGUUUACAAGUGUCUUCACAACCUGGCUCCUAGAUAUUUGUCAGAACUGAUAACACCAUACACACCGGCGAGAUCGCUAAGAUCGGACUCAGCCUGUCGUGUUACAGUCCCUGUAAGACUUAUGGAGAGAGGAGUUUUGACAUGUCGGCAGCGACAUUCUGGAACGGUCUGCCAUGUGGACUUAGAAAUGUAAAGAAAUUCGACUGUUUUAAAAGAAACUUAAAGACCCACCAAUUUUCGUCUUGCUUUUAGUGUGUGAUCUGUGAUUCUGUUUUAUUUGUAUUUAUUACUUUUUACUUAGAACAUUUAUGUCAAUAGUAUGUUAGCUUUUGACUUAACAUUUUAUAAUUAUUCUAUAUACUUAGCAUUAUGUUCUACCAAAAAAAAAAUCUUUAGCUAUCGAUCUUAAUAAUGUUUUAUUUUAACAGUUUUAUAGAUGUAAGAUUGUAUGUCAUACUCUCGUUUAAUUUCAUUUAACGGGGUUUUUCUGGGUUUUUUUAUUACUGUUGCUUUCUUUGCCGCUACCCUUGUAAAGCGCCCUAGAGUAAUAUGUUCUAUGUAAGGCGUUUUAUAAAUUGUAUUUAUUAUUAUUAUUAUCAUUAUUAUUAUAUCCGUUUGUGAUACCCACGUAUAGAGAUGAGAAUCUGCCUUCCAUGCGAAGAUAAUUUUUUUAAAGAUAAUUUUGGAUAAUGAUAACCUUUCUAUUUAUAGCUAGGCAGCAUUUAACCGAUGCAAAAUUGAUAGUCUUUGGAACAAUUUUCUUACAAUUUUGGUACAUUUGAAUGAUAUUCAGAGUGAAAUUAAUGGAUGAUAUUUAAUCAACAAGGUUAAAGAUAAAAGAAAAAUUUUGAGAAAAUGUUACAUGAUUUAAUUAGAACAGUUCACUUUACUAUAGAAAUAAUGCAUUAUUUUGAUAAGGAACAGUGUUUGAAUGGUUUUCUUUUAAUUUUUGUGUGAUAUUAACUGUAUUAAAACUUUUAGAAUAAAUAACAAUAGUAAAGGGCG